AUGCAGCGGUUAUGGAGGCUCCUCCUGCCCCCGCUGCUUCUUGGGGGCAACAGCCUGGCGCAGCAGUCGUGCCUCGACGCGCUCAACAAUGACCAGACCGAUGCCUGCGUCUGCUACUCCCUCGAGUAUGUCAUCAGCUAUGUGGCAUACAUCGCCGUAUCGACGUCGUACACGUCCAACUGCGAGGCCGUUCCCACGGCCACGAUAUCGACGGACACGUCGGCGGCGCCCCAGCUUCUGGGGAACUACACUUCUGGCAACUUUUCCGGGUACGUGACCCAAAACAAUGGUGUUUACACUGGAACAGGUAUCUUGGCCGGACCGACGACGGUAGACGUUAUCCCGCCGGUGGGAACCGAACGAGGGACUCUUGUCGUGGAGGUUCCGCCGUCGUACUUCACCGUCUCUCGGACCGGCACCGCGACGGUCAGCCCCGGCCCCAUCCCGACCUACGUCAACUCGACGAGCAUCCUGACCCGCAACCCCAUCGCGGCACCCCGAACCAUAUUCGUCGCAAACCCGACCCCCGGUGCGGCCGUCGCCUCCCGCGGCACGGUCGUCAUUGCCGUCCCCGACCCGAGGCUGUACAACACGACGACGGUCCCUUACAGCGGGUUCGAUGCGUUGCAAGGGGCUCGGACAACGAUCUCGACCAUCCCCGAUAGCGGGCUCCAGCCCGGCACUUUCGUGGUGGCCGUGGCCACGACCCCCGUGCCGAGUCUGUCCUACGACAUUUCGACUGUCGCCUACACCGGAGCGGAUGAGUUGACGGGCCCGACUGUGAUCUCGGUGAUCCAACCAACCGGGACCGAGCCAGGCGUUGUUUUCAUCGGCGUUCCUUCGACUGGCGUCCCUCCACCUCAGGUGACAUCCAUAGUUCCCUACUUGGGCACGGAAUCCAUCACGGCAGCGUCGACUUUGUUAGACCAGCCUUUCGACGGAACCGUCCCAGGAACUGUCGUGAUAGCGUUGCCGCCGGCUUCCUUCAUCACCCAGACAGUGCCGUUCAUCGGCUUCGAGCCCCUCACUGCCCCGACCGUCAUCUCGGUGGCCCCGCCCAGUGGUACUGCUUUGGGUACCGUCAUCUUGGGCAGCCCGACCGCAAGAUACGUGGCCUCGUACGUGCCGUACACAGGCACCGCCCCGAUUGCGAGCCCGGUAACCGUCACGGUGAUAGAGCCCAGUGGCACGGCUGCGGGAACCGUCGUCAUCGCACAGCCUCCACCGGCCCCCGGCCUAAACGCCGACGUAUUCGCAACGCAGGUCGUAUCGUACACGGGGACUGAGUCCAUCAGCGGCAUCUCCACACUCUCUAUUGUCCCGCCCGAUGGUCCCAACCCUGGAACCGUGUUCGUGGCUUUGCCGGCGGGCAGUACCCUGGCAGCCCCUGCGCCGUUUGUCACCUCGAUCGUCCCUUACACCGGGUCUAAUGCCAUCAACACGCCUUCGACUCUCACAGUCAUUCCUCCGAGUGGCAACCAGCCAGGGACGGUAAUUAUUGGUCUCCCACGCGUCACACAACCCCUGGGAACAUUCUCGGAUUCGUUCAUCACCUCGGCAGUCCCGGUCUCGUUUGUCACUUCGAUUAUCGCUGCCAAUGGCAACGGACCGCUUGUUACGCUGACAAGCAUCCCGCCGAUUGGCACUUCCCCAGGUACAAUUUUCAUCGGUCCGUCCCCGGCGUCCGGAGGGUUGCCGGCGUCCUUUGUCACCCAGGUCGUGCCCUACGUCGGUCCGACGCCCGUGGCAGAGCCGACCACUGUCGCCAUCAUCCCUCCCAGCGGUUCCUCGCCCGGCACAAUCGUCAUCGCCGACCCUCGACCCUUUGUCCGCACCACUGUAGAUUACACCGGGGCAGAUCUUUUGUCUGAGCCGACGACCAUUUCCGUUGUGCCACCCGAGGGGGACACGCCUGGCACAGUAAUCGUGGCUGUACCGACUGCGACUCCUGCAGGCCCCUCGUUCGUCACGUCGAACGUGGUGUUCCUGGGCACACCUCCUAUCCAAGAGCCGACGACCAUCUCAACAAUCCAGCCCUCGGGCACCACUCCGGGGACCCUGAUCGUGGCCAGGCCUGCGCUGUUCGUCACCUCAACCGUCCCCUGGACCGGCACUGCCGCCCUCCCGACGCAGACGACAAUCGCAAUCAUUCCGCCCGUUGGCACGGAUCCAGGGACAAUCUUCGUGGCAGACCCCACCGCGUUCGUGACCUCUACCGUCGAUUUCACCGGGACGGAUGCUUUCACCGGACCCUCGACGGUCACCGUCAUCCCUCCUAGCGCAGACCAACAGGGAACCAUCGUCGUGGCUGGCCGUCGACCGUUCGAGACGUCCUUUAUCAGGCUGACUGGGACUUCUCCGGCCGAGGGCCCUACGACCCUGACUCUGGUGCCGCCUCAGGGCACUACGCCAGGGAGAGUGAUAAUCGGAGUGCCCAACGACUUUGUCACCUCGACCGUCAGCUACUCGGGAACGGGUGUCUUGACGGCGCCCACAACCCUCUCGACAGUCGCCCCGGAUGGCGCAGCUCCAGGCACUCUCAUCGUAGCUUUGCCGCAGCCUACCAUUCCUAAUCCUGCCCCUACAGUCCCUCCAGCAGACCCAGCGGGUCCUCAGGCUCCGGCGGGCUCUCCUCCAGCGGCCACGGCCCAGCCAGCAUUCGUCACCUCGACGGUGGUGUACAGCGGCAGCGCUCCGAUUUCAGCACCGACUACGUUUUCCACGGUCCAACCCAGCGGAAACACGCCGGGGACCUUUUUCGUUGGGAUUUCAGACCCCUUCGUCACGACACAGGUGGUCUACUCCGGAACCAGCGCGAUCACGGCUCCCAUCCCCAUUUCCACGGUUCAGCCCUCCGGGUCAGUCCCCGGUACAAUCAUUUUUGCCGUGCCUCCUACCUAUGUCACUUCCGAGGUGGACUACACGGGCCCAGCUGGUCAGCUCACGGCGCCUUCCCCCAUCACCACAAUCCCGCCCAGCGGAGGUGUCGCCGGGACGGUGAUCGUAGCCCGACCGCCGGCCGAAUAUGUGACGUCGGAGGUGAUUUUGACAGGGCCGUCCGACCCACAAAUCACGACUCCGACCAUAUUAUCCACGAUACCACCGAGCGGAGGCGCGGCCGGGACCGUGAUCGUCGCUCGGCCGCCCCAGUACGUAACGUCGGAGGUCUUCUUCACCGGGCCGGAAGACCCACUUAUUACGGCGCCGAGCACCGUCUCCGUGGUGGCGCCGAGCGGGACCGCACCCGGGACGAUCAUCAUCGCCCAGCCGCCCAACUACCAGACGUCCGAGCUGUUCCAGACGGGAAUCACCGGGCCGACCACCAUCUCGACGAUCAGGCCGGUCGGCACCGCAGCGGGCACUUUUAUCGUCGCCCUGCCCGCCCCCUUUGUCACUUCGGAAGUCAUCUUGCCCGGAGCCACGGGCCCGACCACCAUCUCGACGAUCCCGCCGAGCGGCACUAUGCCCGGCACGUUCAUCGUCGGCCAGUCGGCGGUUUUCAGCACUUCCGAAGUCGUCCUCGUCGGCUCUGCGGCAGCCACUGCUACGGGGCCCGUGACCUUGACUUCGGUCGCGCCCAGCGGAACGAUCCCUGGUAUAAUCGUCAUCGGUUUCCCGCCCCGGUUCGUCACCUCGGAAAUCCAAUACACCGGUCCCACGGAGGGAGUCACGGGACCGAUCCCGGUUUCGACCAUUCCCCCCUCUGGAAGCAUCCCCGGCACCGUCAUAGUCGCCCGACCGGACGUCUUCGUCACGUCGACAACGUCGGUCACGGGACCGGGUGCACCGGCGACGCCCGUCACCAUUUCCACCAUUCUGCCUUCGGGGACGACUCCGGGAACAAUCGUCGUGGCUGUGCCUGCUCAGUCGACUCAGCCAGCACAGAACACCGAGCCGGCUCAAGCUCCCGCGUCGUUUGUCACUUCCCAGGUCGCGUACACCGGGACUGAACAGCUGACAGCUCCCACUACCAUCUCCAUCAUCCUUCCUUCGGGGACAGCCCCUGGCACCAUAAUUAUAGCUCAACCGCAAGCCGAAGCCACCCCUCCAUCAGCCGGCGGUCAGAAUCCGCCCGUCUCGGAUACUUCGCAAGGAACCUCUACUGACGGCGAGCCCCCGGCCACGGUAAUCACUCCUCCGUCAGUCCCGCUUGUGGGGAUCCAGCCAGGCACCACCAUUACCUUUUCCUUGCCGCCACCACCAUCGCAGGUCCAAUCUUUCGUCACCUCGACAGUCCUGUUCACCGGCACCGAAGCGUUGACGGGCCCAACAAUCAUCUCGACGAUCCCCCCGUCUGACACGAUCCCCGGCACGAUAAUCGUCGCCCAGCCCGGCGUCUUCGUCACUUCGAAUGUGGCCUACACGGGUACCGAUCUCCUGACCGCUCCGACUCCGAUCUCGACCAUUCUCCCGGUAGGCGACGCACCAGGCACGAUCAUUGUGGCCCAGCCUCGGCUGUUUGUCACUUCCGAGGUGGUCUACACUGGCACGGAACCACUGACGGCGCCGACUGCGCUUUCGACUAUUCUGCCCGCCGGCACCAACCCGGGGACGAUCAUCGUGGCUCGGCCGCCCACGUACGUUACUUCGACGGUCAUCUACACAGGGUUUUCUCCGAUUACUGCGCCCAUCCCCAUUUCGACAGUCUUACCGAUCGGUACCGCGCCUGGAACAAUCAUCGUCGCCCAGCCAGGCCUCUUCGUCACCUCCACCGUCUCAUAUACCGGAUCCGACAGCCUCUCCGGGCCUUCCACCCUUUCGACCGUUCCACCUGUCGGGACGACUCCGGGGACGUACAUUGUGGCCCAGCCCGCUGCCCCGGUAGCCACAUUUGUCACGUCCUUUGUCCUCUACACCGGGACCGACGUCAUCACCGGGCCCAUCCCCAUCUCGACGGUGUUGCCGAGCGGGACGGCUGCCGGCACGCUGAUCCUGGCACAGCCUGGGGUCUUCGUCACGUCUACGAUUCCCUACACCGGGACCGAGCCUCUCACAACGUUGCUCCCCGUGUCCACGAUCCCUCCCUCCGGUAGUGUGCCGGGAACAAUCAUUGUGGCACAGCCGAGCGUAGCGAAUGUCGCGCUCUCCUCUGAAGACUCGAGCUCAUCCUUUACUUGUGUCGCCAUCAUCAGAACUGUCAAGUUCUUCGGAGGCGUCGGCUUCGUCUACCGUGGCAGAUCCAUCAUCUUCGAGCUCUACAGAGAGUCCAAUCUCGCCGACGUCGACCAGCUCGAGCGACUCUUCCUCUUCGAGCCAGAGCUCCGGAGACUCCUCAGGACUAUCCACGUCCUCGGUUCCAUCGGUGUCUGCGACCACAUCGAGCUCAUCGGACUCUCUAAGCUCGUCCGACUCGACAAGCUCUUCGGAUUCAUCGUCCUCUUCCCCCUCUCCAGGCUUGUCGCCAUUCCCGACUCCGUCAACCUCCCUCACGCCAUCGGCAUCGACGACGACCUCAUCAGACUCGUCAACCUUCCAACAGUCAUUGGAAUCAUCGCUGACGUCAGAUUUGAGUACUUCCACAGAGACGUCGUCUACGGUAGCAAGUUCAUCCUCCUCUGA